CUCAAUGAGCUGCAAAGCAGAGCGCAAUUGGGACUAUGAGGCGCUGUUUAUUACUGGCAAAUCAUCGGACGAAUCGCUAGUGAGCAUCCAGACGGGACUCGAACGCAAGGGACGUGGCAGUCCCACCGUCUCGAUCGUCUUAGAAAUUAACUAUCAAAUAGAUGAUGAGACCCAGAUUGAGGCGACAGUCUAUCAAAGUUACACGGGUCACGACAACGACUACAAGCUGAUGCCAUUUGGCAUAGAAAAAAAAGCAUUUCCCGACUAUCUCCGGGAAUUUUACGAUAAUGUGGUCUAUUCCAAUAUGGGCCACUGCUCGAAUUUGCCAAAGCCCGGCGAACAAAUUCCCUGGCCCAUAAUGACGUAUAAGUUCGACGACUGCACUUUUCCCGGCGAAGGCUUGCCCGAAAUAUUGUCCGAAGGCUAUUAUAAAGUAUUUUUUAAUGUUACUGGUCCGGUUGACUGGAGCAUUGCGUUCGGCAUGAGGGUUAUUUCUAAGAGCAAUGCAAUGGGAUAUUAUUGAAAAUU